GGAAAAAAAAAAUAAAGCCGGGUGGUCCGACCUUCCUCCCCAAUCUUCAAUCAAAUAUUUUCCAUUCUUCUCCUUCCUUGGUCUCUAAGUUCUCUUUAAAUUCAAUCAUUUAAACCUAAAUUCACCGAUUUUUAUCAAUUUUUUCUCUUUCUCUUCCUAUCAAAUCCUCGAAAAAUCAGCGACAAUGCUUCACCGGAGCUUCAAGCCCGCAAAAUGCAAGACGACGUUGAAGCUUGCGUCGUCGCGGUUGAAGCUGAUGAAGAACAAGAAGGAUGUGCAAGUGAAGCAGAUGAAGAAGGAAUUGGCUCAAUUGCUUGAGGCUGGGCAGGACCAGACUGCGCGAAUUCGGGUUGAACAUGUAGUUAGGGAGGAGAAGACAAUGGCGGCAUUUGACCUCCUUGAGAUAUACUGUGAACUUAUUGUUGCACGCUUGCCAAUCAUUGAGUCACAAAAGAACUGCCCCAUUGACUUGAAGGAAGCAGUUACAAGUGUGAUAUUUGCAUCUCCAAGAUGUGCAGACAUACCAGAACUUUCGGAUGUUCGUAAGCAAUUUACUGUGAAAUAUGGAAAAGAAUUCAUUACUUCAGCUGUCGAGCUGCGACCAGAUUGUGGUGUAAGCCGCAUGAUAGUUGAGAAGUUAUCUGCCAAGGGACCUGAUGGGCCAACAAAAAUCAAGAUAUUGAGUGCUAUUGCAGAGGAACAUAACGUCAAAUGGGAGCCUAAACAAUAUGGAGAGACGGAAUUAAAACCUCCUGAUGACUUGCUGAACGGACCAAAUACUUUUGAGAAGGCCAGUAAGAUGCAUGCAGCGCCUCCUAUUGUUCAAACUCCACCUUCUAAUGUCCAGGCUUCUCCAAGUAGCGAUCAGAAGUACAAUCCACCUGUAAACUUUGAGCACAAUGUGAGGUCAUCGACAAGUUCCCAGAAUUUUGCUUCAACGGAUAUUGGUGGUGGUCAAGCAACAACAUCUGCUACUUCUCAUCCUGGAGUGAGGCCUUCAGGAACUGGAUCUAAGAGGGUGGAAGAGAGGCGCACAUAUUCUGGAGAUGGGAAUGAUUUCUCGUCAGGCGGGCAGAAUUGGAAUAUGGAUUUUAAGGAUGCAACUGCUGCAGCACAGGCAGCUGCUGAGUCUGCAGAACGAGCAAGUAUGGCUGCUAGAGCUGCUGCAGAACUUUCAAGCCGUGGGAAGUUCACCAGCCAGUAUUCUGCAAAAUCACAAAAUUCAAAUGUCCACAAUGUAAGAGAUGAUGGGCCUAGAAAAAGUGCUGCCUCAAAGUUGCCAACUGAACAGUUUGCUAAAGAUUCAGGGUACAACAACUUUCAAGAUAGGAAUCCCCAGAUAUGGACUGAGCAAGUAGGUGGGAAUAAGCAUGAUAACCCAGAUGAAGCUCCUGAGAGAUUUUACAGGGAUGGUCAUGGUAGUACUAAGAGAUCUAGCCAGUCAACUUCUUUGAGGUCCAACACAGCUUCAAUUGAUGAUUCUAAAUUGAUGAAUGAUUUCCAAAAGGUAGAUAGAUAUUCACAAAAGAGCUCAUUUGAAGAGGAGGCUGCAAAAUCAGAGAAGAGUGCCGCCUUUUCUGGAAUGAGUAUGAAAAAACAGUCUAGUGGGUCUGAAGUAGAAUUCGUGAGUGCCAGGCAAGGUGGCCUGCAAUCCAAUAACUUCGAUUAUGCUGGGGAAGAAAGGAUCAGGAGGCAAGGCAGCAGUGGUUCCUCACAUUCACAUUCAAGCAAUCACGGUGAUGAUUAUGGUGUUGGUGAGAACCCUUUUGUCGGUAUUGACCACGGAAACACUCUUGGAGAUGUUUUGCCUUCUAGCCAUCAGAAGUUUGGGAAUGAUGCUGGUGAGAACCCCUUUGUCAGUAUGGACCAAGGAAAUGUUCAUAGAGACACUGUCCGGACAAGCUCUUAUAAUAAUGAUGAUGCAGUAGUUUUUGAUGGAUCUGGUUCAGAUGAUGAUGACUGUAGGUUUGAUCCAUGGCCUAAGUAUGAUGGGCAUGAGUCAAACUUGUUUUCCACCUCACCAGUUAGAGAACCACCCGCCCAUCUCCCAGUAUACACAGACACUUGGAGCCCAAGGCAGAACACAAGUGAAUCACUUGAAAAGACAUCAUCAGUGUCACAUGUUUCUGCAGAAUGGCACUCGCCUCCUAGGUUUGAUGAAAACUUAACAAAAUCUGCUCACACUUCACAACCAGAUGACUUGGUACCUGUAGCUUUCGAUGAUUCCGAAGAACCUAGUUCAGAAAGUGAAGAUGAGCUAAACAAGUCCAGGCUUGGUGGGAAAACGGAUCCUAGUAUUCUCUCUCAUAAAGAGAGUAUUUUCUUUAGAAACUCAGGUGAUGCUCAGAGUGAGGGCGAUUAUGGAUCUAACAGAAAGCAAGAUCGACACUAUUCUUCCAAUGAUAAUGAGUUGGUUGAGGUAAGUGCUGAGAACAACCAAGGAACAGAAUUUAGUGCAGAGUCUCGGAGAAAGUUUGGAUUUGAUGAGGUGCCCACCCGUCAGUCAUCAUCCAGACACACAACAUUCCAAACAGCUUCAAAUGACAUGACUAGUGAACCAUUUUACAAUCCAGUGAAGGAAGAAAAACAUCAGCUGUCUACACAAUCUUCAAAGCGUUCAUUGGUUGAUGAAGUUAAGGCUACAGACAACCCCCGCACAUCCGAGUCACCUGAUACCAUGAAAGAUUAUGAAUUGUUUGAAAAAUCUAGUUUGGAAAGUGGGAAUGAGUUGUUGAAUUUUGGACCGUUGACUGGUGGCCUUCGAAAUAAGGGUUAUAGACGUCCACCUUAUAGUAAGAGUCCAUCUGGUGAUGCAGCAUCAUCGAAAAAAGUUGCUGAGGAUAGCGUGACUACCACUGAUCAUUCCUCUGCUUCUUCCCCUGCAGUCAAGAGUUCUCUUAAUUCCGAAGUGAUCACAGAAGUAAAAAGCAAGUCUAGCUCAAGAACUCCAAUUACACAUUAUGAGUCAGAUACUGAUGAUUUUGAGGAAGAACUCCCACAACAAAAUUCACGCAGUGAACGAGAGCCACAGAGUGCAAAACCAAGCAAAGAAGUAUAUACUAAAUCGAAGUUUAGCCCUCCGGUUGCAUUUUUUGACUCUGAUGACGAUGAUUCUAAGUUGGAUCUACCCAAGCAAACUUCAACCAGCACAGGUCGUGCAGGAAGUGGAUUUUCUCGGAGGACAAAAGGUACCCCUAGUUCUAGAACAAGUUCUUAUUCGAAGACUACAGCAGGUUCCGAUGCAUCACUAAAUUCUGAUGCUGAUGCCCAAAAGAUACCCUCAAGGAGGAGUUCCUAUGGUUCUGAAACUCAGACUAAACCCUGGUCCCAGAAAGUAGACUCAGGUCACUUGAAAAGUUCUCCCGAUCCAAGUGCAGCAAAACAAUCGACUUUUAAGCCAAUGCCAGAAUCUAGAAUCUCCACACGUGGGGAAAAUCUGAAGUCAUCAGCUACGGAACAACCGUCCAGUCCUCUGAGGACAGUAACAUCAACUAGCACUGAAAUUCCAAAGACAUCCACUUCCGCAAAAAAAUCAGUUUUUAAGCCACCAGAAUCUCAAAAUCUGAAGUCGUCAGCAACAGAACAACCAUCCAGUCCUCUUAGGACAGUAACAUCAGCUAGCACUGAAAGUCCGAAGACAUCGACAUCGACAUCGAGCAGAGAUCAUCCAUCGAGAGAGAGCUCUCUCAAAAAAGGUAGUCACGUUCAUCCAAAACUUCCUGAUUAUGACACAAUAGCUGCCCAAUUACAGUCUCUUCGAACAAAUCGCCAAUGAAUAUAGUGAGUGCAUUCUUCUUAAUUGGAUUAUACAUAUGAGAGUGGAUUAAAUAUGAUGAAAAAUAGAGAUUCAUAGCACAACAAGGUCUGUUCAGAUUGUGGCAAGACAUAGUUUUCUAUUUUGGUUUUCUUUAGCUUCCACAUUGAUAUUACAUUUGUUUUAAUAUUACUGUAAUAUAAUAAAUAGUGUUUGGAUACCAGAGAUUAAAGUUGUGUUAUUCUAUAAGCUUGUGUUUGGUCCUUA